GUAGCACACACAUUGCAGUCUCUCUCUCGAUCACACACACAGGCUCGCUGCAGCGAAAUCCACAAAUCACAGACUAGUGCAGCACAGGACGGCAGGGGAAAACAACGUCAAAACAAGCCAUUGAUUGAGUUGUGGAAAAGCGCGUCGACCACAGAGGUGAACCGUGCAAUCGUUAUAGGUCGUUGACAUCUAUGGUUGAGAGCCUUCUACUUCUACAGCGCCGCUCCUUUCCCUGGGCAUGUCUGAAGGACUAACACAAAACAGGCAGCCUGACGGAAGGAACCAAGGAGUGAGAAGGCAUCAUUAACCUUCCCACACAGUGGGGAAACUGAACUGCCCAUUUAGGAGGAGAAAGGGGGUUAGAGAGGGGGGGGUUUGGAUGUUUGAGAGGGCGAAAGGCUGUUCAGCACGGAGAUAACACAGGCUUGGGGAUGUUCUAGAGCCUCGCUGCUUCUGCAAAGGACAGCGAGAGGAAGAGGAGUCUGAAUACCAAUAACUACAGAGUGAAGAGACUGGAUACCGUCCUGGGAGAAGACUGUAGACUGUAAUUAGUGAACAGAUAAAGAGACCGAGGAGGAUAAAUGCUGUGAAGCAGAAUGAAAUGUUUCACACAUUUCAAAUCUGUUGUUGAUCUGGAAAACAUAAGCUUGUUGUCUCUGAAAACCUCCGGGCUCAUGCUUGAAAAACUCAAUCGGAUUAUUUUGAUUCACGCUCCAGUUAUCAGAACGAAUCAAUGGAUGUGGCAUCCUGAACAGCAUAAGCAGCAAAACUUCUGUGAAUAACCAGCACAACAAUGCCUAAAUCCAACUCACAAAUACUACACCCAUACCUGGCGCCACACCACUCAAAAUUCUAUUGGAAGUCUUCAAAGCAAAGCUCCUCUCUAAAAGGGGUCCACCCAGACAGAACAGUACCCCCUCCUAAACUCAAGCCAAAGGUGACCAAACCUUCCCUGAGACCCCCUGCCUGCCCUCUGACCCCACAGACGGUAGUCUGGCUGGCCGUGGUGACUGGUUCCUGUGUCUUCCCUGCGCUACUUGGCCCAGGCGUGUCUGCUGGAGAGACCUGGGGCAUGGUCUCCAUCUGUCCCUUCCACUGUGUGUGUCGAAACCUCUCAGAGUCUCUGAGCACGCUCUGCGUCAACAAGGGCCUGCUGUUUGUCCCUCCUGACAUUGACCGGCGCACCGUGGAGCUCCGUCUGGCAGAUAACUUCAUCCUGGAGGUGGGCAGGGUGGACUUUGCCAACAUGUCAGGCCUGGUGGAACUGACUCUGUCCAGGAACACCAUCCACACCCUGCGGCCCCUGUCCUUUGCUGACCUGGAGAGCCUGCGCUCACUCCACCUGGACACCAACCGGCUGACCAUAGUGGGGCCAAGAGACCUGUCCGGCCUGACCAACCUACAGCACCUCAUCAUCAACAACAACCAGCUGACCGACGUCUCCGCCGAGGCCUUCGAUGACUUCCUGCAGACGCUGGAGGAUCUGGACCUGUCCUACAACAACCUGAGGAAGGUCCCCUGGGAGGCCAUCCAGAACAUGGCCAGCCUGCACACCCUCAACCUGGACCACAACCUCAUAGACCAGAUCGCUGAGGGCUCCUUCGGCGAACUCUACAAGCUGGCCCGCCUGGAUAUGACAUCCAACCGGCUGCAGACGCUGCCCCCCGACCCCUUGUUCUCCCGCUCCCAGACGGGCGUGGUCAGCCCCACACCUUACAGCGCUGUCAUCAGCCUGAGCUUCGGGGGGAACCCCCUGCACUGUAACUGUGAGCUGCUGUGGCUGAGGCGGCUGAUCCGCGGCGACGACAUGGAGACGUGUGCCACCCCCGUCCACCUGGCUGGGCGCUACUUUUGGUCCAUCCCAGAGGAGGAGUUCACCUGUGAGCCUCCGCUCAUCACACGCCACUCCAACAAGCUGUGGGUGCUGGAGGGCCAGAGGGCCACGCUGAGGUGCCGUGCCAUCGGUGACCCUGAGCCCAUCAUUCACUGGAUCUCCCCUGACGACCGCAUCGUGGCCAACUCCAGCCGUGUGUACUCCUACUACAAUGGCACCCUGGACGUGCUUGUGACGCGGGCGCGUGACGACGGGGCUUACACCUGCAUCGCCAUCAACGCUGCCGGGGAGGCUACAGCCCUGAUAGACCUCAAGAUCAUCCCCCUCCCUCACCGCGGCAACAACACUGUCCCCCUCACCAACCCUCGUGGAGACCCAGGCUCCUCAGACAUUUCCAGUGGGAGAACAGGAGGGUCUGGAAGGAACGGGAAGGGUGGUGGUGGUGGUUCGGUAAAGAACGCCACGGGAGAGGGGGAGAGCGGAGAGAGGGGAGAUGGAGAAGCCAGUACCAGUGAGCGUUUGGUGGGAGUCCUGGGGGUGACUGCCACCUCUGCCCAGGUGCGCUGGGUCCUGGGUCGGGCCACUGGGCCGUACCUGGUGUGGAUGUACCAGAUCCAGUACAACUGCACUGCAGAUGAUGCCCUGGUGUACAGAAUACUGCCGCCUACAAGCAGCUCUUUCCUGCUGAAGAACCUGGUGUCUGGAGCAGACUACAGCCUGUGUGUCCUGGCCAUCUUUGACGAUGGGGUGUCCACCCUGGCCACCACCAAGGUCCUAGGCUGCACCCAGUUCAGCACCAAGGAGGACUUCCCAGAGUGCCGAUCCCUGCAGGCCCACUUCCUGGGCGGCACGCUGACGGUCAUGGUGGGGGGGGUCAUCGUAGUAACACUGCUGGUGUUCACCGUGGCGAUGAUGGUAAGGCACCGUGUCUGUGGAGACUGUCGAGACGAGGGCCACUACCCUGCACAUCACCAUGACGACUUCCUUCCCUCCAAGGAAGGAGUGGAUGUUUACGCUCAGACCAACGGAAAUGGGAGCGUGAUGAUGGUGGCUCUGCCCAACAACAUUCUUGGACAACAGGCUAAGCCGCUGCCGUUGAAAACCAAACCCCAAGCCAAGAACAAGCCUGGGAAACUGCCCAAGCCAAAGCUUGACUCAGAUCAGCUCAGUGGGGAGGGAAAGGGUGCGAAGCCAGGCCUGGAGGUGGUCGUGAGGGGGAAAGGAUUCCCCCCUUUCACCCUUGAGAGUGAGAGAGUGACACUGUACUACUCCCCUGCCAACACCUCCCAGACCUUACCCCAUCCCAGAGCUCACAAGGCCCCGAAACACUCAGGCAAGCUCAAGCUGCGCCGCUCUGAGGAGAAGGAGAGAGACUUGGACAAAAUGGUGGGCUCCAGAUGCAGCCUAGACUCUGAGGCCUGUGAGGGGGAGGAGUUGGAGCGCGUGAAGGACUGGAGGAGGGGAGAUCGCCCGCCACUAGGGCCGACACGCAGCUGCUCCUUUGACGUGGGCGAGAUCACCACGACAACCUGCUACGGAUAUGCGAAGCGACUGAGUGUGAUAUGGACCAGGAGGAGCCAGUCGGUGCAGGGCAUGCUGGUCCAGUGUGCCUCAACAGCCAGUUCAGCGAGCAGCACAGGCAGCGACCACCCCCUGCCUGCCCUCACCCAUGGCUACCUGCACACAAACAACACCUCAAAGUCCAGUGAGGCUGACAACAUCGGAGACCUGGAAGAGAGUGUUUUAUAGGGUGAAGAGGACAGAGGGCCAAAAAGGAACAAAACAAAGACAAAAUGGAUACAUUGACAGUGGACAGGUGGAUGUAAAAGCCAUUUUGCUUAAAAAGGAAGAGAAACUAUCAAAGGACAGUGCAUUGCACAGGGAACAUAGCACAUGGUGAAGGAGGUAAUGCCACGUGUGGUGUGGACAGAUGGGAGUGACAGCUAUUGUGAGAAAAAAAAAACAAGGUAUAAUGAUGUCUGCUGGUCUAAAGCUGUGAGAUACCGACGACCCAAACGCAUGGGGAUUACAACCGGAGACUUGUUUCAACAAGAUAAAUUAAACCAUUAAUGAAUUACUACAGUAAAUAAAUCAACCACCACUCAACAGCAGCGUCUCGACUUUGAAUGCCAAACCGCUGAGUAAAUCAGGCCUCAAAAACUGGUACAUGAGACAACUGUGAUAAUCAGAUGCCAGUCAAUUAUCAUGUGUUUGUUUGCAAAGAGCAGGAAGCAGCCUAUCUGCAAACACAGAGGUGUUUGUUUAGCUGAGAGAGGGAGCGAGAGAGAUGGGGGGGAGAAUAAGGGGUAGAG